AUUUAGCUUGUUUUGAAUGGUCUUAACCCUUUUUAUUGCUUCUUUCGGAGCAGCUGAGAUUGUACUCAAGCAUGUAGAGCAUUUUGAGGAUGAAAAUCUAAGCUUAAGUACUGAUAUUUUGCCUCAAGUUGCAACAUCUGGGCCUACUAGAAAUGUCGGACCUAGAGGCAUAAGCUCAAAAAGUCCGGAAGAAACCCGACAUCUGAGGACUAGUAAUAACAGAAGCAAUUGUAAUGGCUGUAGUGAAAACGAAGGAGCCGAAGUUAACUCGACAAGCACCAUUAUUGUGUCCUGUAUUAUUGUCUUUUCAUGCUGAUGUGUCUUCUCAAUUGGAUUCCUGUGGCAUCUCAUGACCAAGAAGCAAAGAAACAUGCAAGGAAGAAGAGUCAGGAGGAUCACAGCUGAUGCUAAUGUUACAGUAGAGACUAUUACGAUAUCUAGAGCUGAGCUUGACAGAAGUCUUCCGGCUAAAUUGUUUUCUAAGCACGAUAAUAAGUAUUCGUGUACUGAGUGAUCAAUUUGAUUAAAGGAGUUUGAGAAUACAGAGAAGGUGAGAAUUGUGGAGUCAUGAAAGCACAUGUUUCAUUCUGAUUGAGUUGUGGAAAUGAUCAAAUCCAUGCCAAGAUUAAACCCAAAAUGACCUCUUUGCCAAGGGCCUAUCUUCUCUGGGGCACUAGUAACAGAUGUAUAAUAUAGAAAUCUUUGUUGAA